AUGGGCGCGGGGCGUCCGCGGCUGGGGGCGCCCGUCGGGCGGCGCCUCCUGCUGCCGGAGAGGAGAGGGUCGCCCCGCGUGCGCCCGGGCGCCCGGGGGCAGCGCUCCCUGCUCGGGCUCCUCGUGCACGCGUGGCUGUGGGCGGCCUCGGGCGCGUCUGCCCAGUUGUUCAACCUCAGCCUUUCCGUGGACGAGGGGCUUCCCCCGGACACGCUGGUGGGGGACAUCCGCGCGGGGCUGCCGGCCGCGCAGCAGCAGGAGGGCAGCGGCUUCUUUCUGUCAGAGGACUCAGAUGACUCCCCGCUGCUGGACGACUUCCACGUGCACCCGGACACCGGCAUCAUCCGCACGGCGCGGCGCCUGGACCGCGAGCGGCGGGAGCGCUACAGCUUCGUGGCCGCCACGCUGCUGGGCGCCGUGGUGCAGGUGGACAUCCGCGUCAACGACGUGAAUGACCACUCGCCCCGCUUUCCCCGCGACUCCCUGCGGCUCGACGUCUCCGAGCUCAGCCCGCCAGGAACCGCCUUCCGCCUGCCAGGCGCCCACGACCCCGACGCCGGGCAAUUCAGCACCCAGGGCUACACCCUGCUGCCGCCGUCCGAUCCGCCCGCGGACCCCGGGUUCGCGCUGCGGCCCGGCGGGCCCCCUGGGGUAUUUUUCCUGUGCGUCGAGGGACCCCUGGACAGGGAGAGCUAUGAUCUGUACGAGUUGCGACUGGUGGCCACUGAUGCGGGGUCCCCGCCGCUGAGCACCGUGGAGACGCUGCUGCUCCGGGUCGCCGACCUCAACGACCAGCCGCCGCUCUUCAGCCAGGAGCAUUACCGGGCCUCUGUGUCCGAGGCUGCGGCCCCCGGCACGGCGGUGGUGUGGGUCAGCGCCUCUGACGCCGACGAGGCUGGCACUGACCACGCCCGGCUGCGCUACACGCUGGUCCAGCUCUCCGCUCUCUGUAGCCCAGAGACUCUGCCCACGGCGGAAUGUGGGCCGGCUUUCGCUAUCGAUCCCGAGAGCGGCGUGGUCAGCACCAUCCGGACUCUAGACCGCGAGGUCCAGGAGGCGGUGGAGCUGAGAGUGGUGGCCCAGGACCUCGGGGAGCCCCCGCUCUCUGCCACCUGCCGGGUGAGCGUCACAGUGGAUGACGUGAAUGACAACGAGCCUGUUUUCAGGCGGCAGGUGUACAAUGCCACCCUCGCAGAGCACACUCCAGUCGGACACUGCUUUCUGCAGAUCUUAUCAACUUGGGUCUCUGUUGUCAAAAUCAAACAAAAAAAUGAAAAACAACAGGAAAAAAAUUAUUUCCUAGAUUCUCUUUAA